CCAGGUACUUUCUUCUGCUGACCCUCUCGGCCUAAAUCCCUGCCCAUUAGCAGGCGUGGAGCUCCUGUCAAGGGACCUCCCACCCUCCGUGUGACCUCAGCCUGCUGUGCCCACCCACCCCGCUGACCCCGUGAGCGUGCUCAGGCUUGGAAAGGCACGUCUGUGGGUGUGAGAGACGGCGCCACUGCAUUCGGUGACCAGGGAGAAGCCAGGUUGGACGUGCUCCAUGACACACACUCGGAGGAAGUCCCUUCCCAUGCUGAGUUCGGGCCCCACUGGCCACCAGGAGCCCCUGGAGAUGGAAGACACCAAUCUGGAGCAGGGGGCUGAGGGUGUGGAGCCCGGCAUGCCAGACAGCCCAGGACAUCUCACAGGGCGCCGCAAGAACUACCCACUGCGCAAGCGCCCGCUGGUUCCUGAGAAGCCUAAGGCCUGCAAAGUGCUGCUGACCCGCCUGGAGAAUGUGGCUGGUCCACGGAGUGCUUAUGAGGCUGAUGAGCUGCCCCCUGACCUGCCCAAGCCCCCCAGCCCUGCCCCAUCCAGUGAGGACCCUGGCCUCACCCAGCCCCCCCAGCCCCGCAAGCGGCGCUUGGCGUCUCUCAAUGCUGAGGCCCUCAAUAACCUACUGCUGGAGCGGGAGGAUGCCAGCAGCCUGGCAGGCACCCGCCGCAAUCGAGGCGGGGACCCCCACCGCAGCCGAGACCGGGCCGCUGGGGGCUGGGCCUCCUCCAAGAAGCGGCCUAGGCUGGGGGACCUCGGAGGAGGAAGUCGGGACCUGUCCCCAGAGCCAGCACCAGAUGAGAAUGCUCGCCGAGAAGGAGACCCAGCUCCCAAGAGACUGGCUAGCCUGAAUGCAGCUGCCUUCCUGAAGCUGAGCCAGGAGCGGGAACUACCCCUGCGGCCGCCUCGUGCCCACGCAGAAGCAGACGGGUGCUCUGCUGAGCCCCUGGCACCCAAGGCCCUGAGGCCAAAGUGGGCCAAGGUCAAUGGCAAGAACUGUCCCAAGGCCCGGCAGGGGCCUGGCCCUGGGGAGGCUACAGGCCCACCCGGCUGGCAAGGUGACGAGCCAUGGCCAUCUACCACACCUCAUGGGCCAUCCGUCCAGCCACCUUACCAGCCCCUGAGCAAGGCUCUGGAGAGGCCGUUGGGGCUGCGCCCCCACCUGCCCCUGCUGAUGGGAGGGCAGGCGGCACUGAAACCAGAGCCUGGGCGCCCUCCUCAGUUGUCCCCUCUCCCAAUGCCUGGCAACCCUGCCGACUACAGUGGCCUGUGUGGUGGGCCUGAGCUCACCGCAGUAGGCAGCUUCUACCUGUACUGUGGCCAGGACGGGCUGCAGUGUGGGGGCUACUCCCCCUGCCCCAUGCUUCCAGAGGGCAAGUUGUCCCCAGUGGCUGCACCUAACGAGGGGCUCCUUCUGGCCCCAAGCUCAGUGCCCUCAGGCACCCCUUUCCAGCACCCUCCCUGGGGCUCCUCUCACUACUGCUCCAGUGAGGACACUGGAGUGAAUGGCUACAGCAUCUGUGGAGUGCUGCCUCUGUCUGUCACCCAUGUUGGCACUACCUGUGGCGGCUGCCCCUACAAAAUGCCUUUUGCAGCAGAAGGCUGCAGGUCCCUGGGCCAGCUGGAAUUUCCUCUCCCAGAAGCUGGCCACCCUGCCUCACCCGCCCACCCCCUCCUGGGAUGCCCUGUGCCCAGCGUGCCACCUGCAGCGGAGCCCGUCCCCCAUCUUCAGACACCCACCUCAGAGCCCCAGACAGUAGCUCGCGCAUGCCCUCAGAGCGCCAAGCCUCCCAGCGGCUCCAAGUCAGGUCUGCGCACGGGCUCCAGCUGCAGGCACACCGUGAGGAGCAAGGCUGCCCGCAGGCCCAGCCACCCCAAGCAGCCGCGUGUCCAGCGCCCACGCCCUCCUGCCUGUGAGAAGGCCGUAUAUGUCUUGGAUGAGCCAGAACCAGCCAUCCGAAAGAGCUACCAGGCAGUGGAGCGGCAUGGAGAGACAAUCCGAGUCCGGGACACUGUCCUCCUCAAGUCAGGCCCGCGAAAGACAUCCACGCCUUACGUGGCCAAGAUCUCUGCCCUCUGGGAGAACCCUGAGUCAGGAGAACUGAUGAUGAGCCUCCUAUGGUAUUACAGACCUGAGCACUUGCAGGGAGGUCGCAGCCCCAGCAUGCAUGAGCCUUUGCAGAAUGAAGUCUUUGCGUCGCGACAUCAGGACCAGAACAGUGUGGCCUGCAUCGAGGAGAAGUGCUAUGUGCUGACCUUUGCUGAGUACUGCAGAUUCUGUGCCAUGGCCAAGCGCCGAGGCGAGGGCCUCCCCAGCCGAAAGACAGCACUGGUGCCCCCCUCUGCAGACUACUCCACCCCACCACAUCGCACAGUGCCCGAGGACACGGACCCUGAGCUGGUGUUCCUUUGCCGCCAUGUCUAUGACUUCCGCCAUGGCCGCAUCCUCAAGAAUCCCCAGUAGCCUCUUCACGCCCACACUGGGGCUGCCCAUGGGCAGGUGGGGCUCGGGGCAGGGGCACUGCUUGAAGCACAGCACUUGGUUAAGGGGCCACAGGGGCCUGAGGUUGCUGGCCUGUGGCCUCUGGGGGCAGGAGAGGGCAUGGGUUCUGGGCCCCCCGGGAGGGAAGGGGAGACCAAGGUUAUAAUGAAAGCAUCAGAGCCCUCAGCUUGGCCCAGGGUUCCUGUCUGUGGUCCCCUGGGUGGAGACUUCCAAAGAAGCAGUCUUCCCCAAGGUUGGGCCAAACCUGAGGGACAUGGGCCCUAAAAGAGGGGAGGGGGCGGGGGAGGAGGGACAAGGUCCCUCAGGAGCCAGGGACCCAAUGGUCUCUUCUGUAGCCUCCCCCGGGCCUUCCGGGGGGGAGUGGGAGCCAGCUUUACCUCACCCACUGUGACCCACUGCUUCCCUAUCAGCCUGGGACCAGGCACUCCCAGAUUCUAGCACAGCUCUGAGCUCGUUCCUUUGUGGCAUGGAGAGCCAGAGUCUGGCUUCCAGAAUCGACUUCCUCUUCCUGAACUCGGGGCCUUUCCCUGGCUUUCCUCCUUUGCCCCUGCAGUAGCCACUGGUGCUGGGACAAGUUGACCCGGCCCUCAGUCAUGGGUGUGGCUCUUGGAGUCAGCCUCCUGUCUGUCUCCUUCCUGGGCCACCUAGCAGAUCUGGCUUCCCAGAAAGCUUGCUGAUCCAUGUGGAGUUUGUCACAUCUGGGAGGGCAGAUGGGUGCUGAGAGAGGGUGGGGGCAGGGGGCAAGGAAAAUUGCUACCUGAUUUGUUGAAGAUUUUUCCUCUUGCCUUACACGUGGAGGUUCUAGGAAACCUCUUGCAGAACUUCACACAUGACUCUUCAAGCCACACCCACCUGAAAUCAAACCAAAGGAGUGCUGUGGCUCCCCUCGCCCUGCCACCCCUUACCCUAGUCUUUUGUAGAUUGCACUAAUUUCCAUCCCAGCGAGAAUCAACACUGUAUCAGUCCAUGGACCUGCUGAGCUGCAGCUCGCUCUGGGAGCUAAGGACCUGCAUUUGCAGUUUGUUCCUGUUGCUCAGAGGCCCUGUUCUCACCUCAUGCUGCUCAGAGUAGAUUUAGGAGUCUCAGCCCCUGUUGUCUUUGCCUGACUCUGGCCCUGUCCUAGGGCUCUGUGUGAGGGGGCUGGAGGGGCCUGGUUAUUUCCUAUUUGUACCAAAGAGGAGCAUGGGGGGAAGAGGGAGUGGAGUGCCAUGUGGCUUGGACUUGGCACUGGGAUCCUGCUAGCUGAGCACUUCCACGAGGGCAUACCCCCGGGGCCAAGAGUGAGGAGGGCAGCACUGAGUGUUCCUCUUAGGGAGGGUCAGACAGACCCAGCAGGCUGACGAGGUGGCACUGAGUGAGGAGAGGCAGGCAGGGGCUGCAGAAGGAGGUAGACAUGAGCCUUGAUGGCACCCUGGCAACCCCCAUGUCCUGUUCUGUUCCUUAGACAGGUUGCUCCUGAAUGGUCAUUGGGCUUGGGUGAGGCCUGGAGGCUUCAGCAGUGAAUUUAUGCUUGGGAAGCCCAAUCCCAAACUUGAAGGGAAGGGACAUGGGUCUCCUUGUUUUCGAUAAGCUGUUUGGAGGGAGGUGUAGGUUGGGAGGGCAGGGCAGUAGGAGAGGUUGGCAGAUUGGCAGGGGGCUCUGGAGAGCCAGCCUCGGAGCCUGCUCAUUCCCAGGGUGCUGGUGCGGGGUCCUUGCCCACCCAGCAGGGAGGAGAUCCCAGGAGGCAGGGUCUGCUGCCCAAAACGGAAAUGCUUUUGAAAUCUCUUAGAUGUGGAAAUAUUUUUUCGAACCUGAAAAUGCAGCUGGUAGAAUUUCAAUGGAAGCAUAAUCCAUGUAAAAUAUAUUUUAGUUGAUAUUUUGUAAAAAUGCACUUUUUGUGUGUGUCGAUCCUGGUUUCCCAGAUCUGUAUUUCAGUGUUUACAAGGGAGGGGAGGACCUUUCCUCCUCCCUUUUGACAGAGAUUAGAAGUACUUCUUUAAGAAAAAAAUAAAUUUGAGAAAUUGUAUUGAUUUAGAAAAGGA